GAGUGGGCCCGGACCGGUGCACCCACGUGCGGAUCUCGGCGGAGCGCCUCUCCCACGGCCCUCCGGUGCGUGCUCCUUCCAGAGCGAGGUUCCCAGCCAGGCCACACAGAAGACGCCCGUGGCCCAGGCCAUGGAGGGAGGCCCUACUGUCUGCUGCCAGGACCCUCGAGCAGAGCUGGUGGAGCGAGUGGCCGCCAUCGAUGUGGCCUGCUUGGAAGAGGAAGCCAGGGACCCCGAGUCUGCCAGCAAUGGCGUGGCGCCUCCGCCACGGCCCAGAGCCGCCUCUGUGAUCCCCGGCAGUGCCUCAAGACCCCCACCAGCCCGGCCCAGCCUCUCAGCUCGGAAGUUCUCCCUGCAGGAGCGCCCAGCGGGAAGCUGCCUGGACGCCCGGGCGGGGCUCUAUGCCACGGGGCCCACCAGCCACAUCUUGCCCCGGGCCUGGCGGAGGCCCACCAUCGAGUCCCACCACGUAGCCAUCUCUGACACUGAGGACUGUGUGCAGCUGAACCAGUACAAGCUGCAGAGUGAGAUUGGCAAGGGCGCCUACGGCGUGGUGAGGCUGGUGUACAAUGAAAGUGAAGACAGGCACUAUGCAAUGAAGGUUCUUUCCAAGAAGAAAUUGCUAAAGCAGUACGGCUUUCCACGUCGCCCUCCCCCGAGAGGGUCGCAGGCUGCCCAGGGAGGCCCGGCCAAGCAGCUGCUGCCCUUGGAGCGGGUGUACCAGGAGAUCGCCAUCCUGAAGAAGCUGGACCACGUGAAUGUGGUCAAACUGAUCGAGGUCCUGGACGAUCCAGCUGAGGACAACCUCUAUUUGGUGUUUGACCUCCUGAGAAAGGGGCCGGUCAUGGACGUGCCCUGCGACAAGCCCUUCCCCGAGGAGCAAGCCCGCCUCUACCUGAGGGACGUCGUCCUGGGCCUGGAGUACCUGCACUGCCAGAAGAUCGUCCACAGGGACAUCAAGCCGUCCAACCUGCUCCUGGGGGACGAUGGGCACGUGAAGAUCGCAGACUUCGGCGUCAGCAACCAGUUUGAGGGCAACGACGCUCAGCUGUCCAGCACGGCCGGGACCCCGGCGUUCAUGGCCCCAGAGGCCAUUUCUGAUUCUGGCCAGAGCUUCAGUGGGAAGGCCUUGGAUGUAUGGGCCACUGGAGUCACACUGUACUGCUUUGUCUAUGGGAAGUGCCCGUUCAUCGAUGACUACAUCCUGGCCCUGCACAAGAAGAUCAAGAACGAAGCUGUGGUGUUCCCCGAGGAGCCAGAGGUCAGCGAGGAGCUCAAGGACCUGAUCCUGAAGAUGCUGGACAAGAACCCCGAAACAAGAAUUGGGGUGCCAGACAUCAAAUUGCACCCUUGGGUGACCAAGAAUGGGGAGGAGCCUCUUCCCUCGGAGGAGGAGCACUGCAGCGUGGUGGAGGUGACGGAGGAGGAGGUGAAGAACUCGGUCAAGCUCAUCCCCAGCUGGACCACGGUGAUCCUGGUCAAGUCCAUGCUGAGAAAACGUUCCUUUGGGAACCCGUUUGAGCCGCAGGCACGCAAGGAAGAGCGUUCCAUGUCUGCUCCCGGAAGCUUGCUGCCGAAAGAAGGAUUUGGCGAAGGGGGCAUGAGCUCGGAGCUCCCCGGCGUCCAAGAAGACGAGGCUGCGUCCUGAGCCCCUGCAUGCGCCCAGGGCCGCCGGCAGCACGCUCAUCCUGCGCCUCCAGAGGCCCGCCGCCCUCCUGCGACAGCCGCCCCUGCGGGCAGGGGGCUGGGCCCUGCAGCCCCUCUCCCGGCCCCUCCCCCGUCGUGCUGCAUGACCUCCGCGCGUGCACGUCCAGGGACAGGAUCGGAAUGUGUGUCGUCUAGGGUGUGGCCAGGGGGCUCUCCCAGGCCUGACUCAGCCCAUGGAGGAGCCUUGGAAGCCCUUCCCCGCUGGUGGGCAGGGCCCAGGGCAGGAGGUGGGAAACCCAGAAGGCAGGUGGAGGCCUGGCUCAGCACAGGGGCGGAGCCCUCCCACUAGGGUCAGCGGCCACAUGCCCCGCCCCCUCGGGGGCUACCCAGAAGGCUGCUGCAGAGGCCCUGGGCUCCUCCACGUGUUCCUGGGCCGCACCAGGCAGAGGGCCAGUGUUGGGAGAACUCGGAUUCCUUUUUUGUCGUCUCUUAUUUCUGUUUUUAACCUGAGGGAUGGGAGGAGAAGCUAUGUGAUAGCAUUGCAUAGUUCCCAGCACAGGAGGACUGAACAGACUGUUUCACCAUCUGGAAAAUGGGCUGAACUGAACUGAGCUCUGAGCAACGGCCUGAAGCAGGAGCUGCCGGCUGCCCUCCCUCCUGCCUUCAACAGCUUCCCAGAGCUGAAGCUGCCGAGGAGGAAGCAGGGGCCAGCCUGGACCGAGGGCUGGGAGCUACGCACUGGGCUGUGGCCCUGCACCUGCUGCAGUAACUGGAAUCCAGUCACUGGGCCUGCGCUGGCUUACCCGUCUGGCCCUGGAAGCCUCCGUCACAUUCCUACCAUGAAGGGAGAACUGCCCGGGAUUGGAGGCAUUGCUAGGUGAGGGGCCCCAGAGGGCUGUGCCCCCUGCAGGCAGCGGUCGGCCUACGGCCUCACCCUGAGGACAGUCAGCGGCCAGCCUGCCCGGAGCAGCUGUGAAUGGCCCUUCCAGAGUGAUCACCUCUGCGGGACCAGCCUGGCCGGCGGGAACACUCGGAGAUGACUCGGGCCUCAGACGGCAUCCCCGAACACAUGGACCUCCGCGUGGGUUUCCGAUGCACAAGGGCUUGUUGGGAGGAGGAGAGGGAGCCGCGCUGGAGGAGGGCCCAGGUCCUGCCGCGUCCACACGCACACGCACACGCACACGCGCCCGUGCGUGCCCACCUGCUGCACGCAGCGCAUUCGCAUGUCUUGCCCUGACCAGUACAUGCAUCUGUGGUUUCUGUGUCUAUUUAGGCCUGGGAGCAGGACGUGGCCAUCGUAAGGGGGUCUACACUGUUCCCCAUCUCCCCUGUACUGAGCAGCAGUGCGAUCCAGGGCUUAAAUGCUUCGGCGCUGUCUUUAAGAACACUUUAUGGGAGCCAUUGGGGGGCCAGGGACCCCCUGUGUGCUGGGGCCCAGAGGGCCAUGGCUUCAGGGAACUCUGGGUGGGACCCACCUUGGGGGAAGCUUGGAGGCGGGUCUGGCUUCAGGGCCCAUGGCGGAGCCCAGUGGGGUGUGUGCCUGUGGCCGGGGGUUUUGCAGGCAGCACAAGUGAUGAGCAAGCUCCCUAAGAGUGUUUUAAACAUUAACUUCCCAGGAAGUGAGCUAAACACAAUAAAAGCCCUUUCUUGAGUUA